AUGGAGCUGCCGGUCAGAUUACCGGUGACCGGCCGUGGCAUGAAAGUUUCAUACAAGAUUGAAACCAAGAAUCUUGCAUACAAAAGUUCCAACCUUUAUGAUGAAUUCAAUUGUGGUUUGCUUCAAAAAUAUUUCAAGAAACCUCCAAAGUUUAUCUUGAAUGAUGUGAGUUGUGAAGCUCAACCAAGAGAUCUAACAGCUAUUGCCGGCCCAAGUGGGGCCGGCAAGACAACGCUAUUAGAGAUUCUGGCUGGAAAUAUAUCAUCCAGCCAGGUUUCUGGUCAUGUCUUGAUCAAUAACCACCCUAUUGAUACAAAACAGUUCCGGAGACUAGCUGGAUAUGUUACUCAAGAUGAUGCUUUAUUCCCAUCAUUAACCGUUGAAGAAACACUUUUAUAUAGUGCUUUUUUAAGGCUAAGAUGUGGUCGAAAAGAAGCCUUCGAUCGUGUCAAGAUUCUUAUAAACGAGCUUGGCUUGGACAGCGUAUCUAGCUCUAGAAUUGGUGAGGGUUCGAACCAUGGGAUCUCAGGUGGUGAACGGAGACGAGUAUCAAUUGGCGUCGAGUUAGUUCAUGAUCCUUCCGUGAUUCUUAUCGAUGAACCAACUUCAGGGUUAGACUCUAAUUCGGCUUUUGGUGUUAUAUCCCUCCUUAAAUCAAUGGCAAUGAAUCGAGGUAAAACAAUUGUGUUAACAAUCCACCAACCAGGAUUUCGGAUCUUGGAACUUCUAGAUCGACUCAUUUUGCUCUCAAACGGAUUUGUUCUCCAUAAUGGAUCACUAAAAUCACUUGAACAUAGGCUAAAAGUCUCUGGCCAUUGUAUCCCACCUCGUGUCAAUGUUCUUGAAUUCGCCAUUGAUGUUGCCAAUACCUUGGUCAUACAAACCCCGAAAAUUACAUCAACCGAAACAUUCAAGAUCCAAGAAAAACACGAAAAAUCAAUCAAAUUUCCAUACCCAAAUACUCAUUUCGAAGAAAUAACAAUCCUUAGUAAAAGAUUCUUCAAGAACAUAUUCAGAACCAAACAAUUAUUCCUCACAAGAAUCAUACAAGCUAUACUUUCAGGCCUAAUCCUUGGAACCAUCUUUGUAAACAUGUCAAACAACAAAGGGAAACUCGCGCUACAAGCUCGACUAGGUUUCUUUGCAUUUAGUCUCACUUUCUUACUCUCUUCAUCAACAGAAGGACUACCAAUUUUUUUACAAGAAAGAAGAAUAUUGAUGAGAGAAACAUCAAGAGGUGCAUAUAGAGUUUCAUCAUACGUAAUCGCAAACACUCUCAUUUUCCUUCCAUUUCUUCUAAUGAUAGGUAUUCUUUACACGAUACCUGUCUACUGGCUAGUCGGGUUACGCACUGAGAUCACUAGUUUCUUCUACUUUGGAUUAAUAGUAUGGAUGGUAAUCUUGAUGUCAAAUUCAUUCACAGCUUGUUUUAGUGCAUUGGUGCCAAAUUUCAUCAUGGGGACAUCAGUGAUAUCAGGGUUGAUGGGUUGUUUCUUUCUAUUUUCGGGCUACUUUAUAGCAAAAGAUAGCAUACCUAAGUAUUGGAUAUUCAUGCAUUACAUGAGUUUAUUCAAGUAUCCAUUUGAAUGUUUUAUGAUAAAUGAGUAUGGAGAUGGAUUCUUGAUACAACAACAAAUAAAGGAGACACAAAAAUGGAGUAAUUUGGGAGUGAUGUUGGGGUUUAUUACUGGAUAUAGAGUGUUAUGUUUCUUGAUUUUGUGGUUUAGAUGUCAUAAAACCAGAAGUUAA